CCGUCGUCGCUCACAGCAGCUGAGCGGAGCAGAACAGAGAGAGAGCGCUCUUCAGUAGCAGUAGCAGUGCGCCAGCGUCGAGUGCCCUGCCUCCUCGUCACGUCACCGCAGCUCCAGGAGGAAGUCCGCCGCGCCAGCGACCGCUGCUCCUCCCUCUCCAGGACCCUCACGCACCCCUCCACGUCGUCAUGUCCUUCAGCGGCAGGGUCGUGAUCUACGGAGGCAAGGGCGCCCUGGGCGCCGCCUGCGUCAAGCACUUUAAGAACAACAACUGGUGGGUGGCCUCAAUCGACAUGAAAGAAAUGGAGGAAGCUGAUGCAAGCAUCGUUGUUGAGCCCAGUGAAAAUUGGACUGCGCAGGAGACCCAAGUUCUGAGCAAAGUUAAAGAGGUCCUCGGAGAUGAAAAGGUUGAAGCCAUUAUCAAUGUUGCUGGAGGUUGGGCUGGGGGACACGCUGGAAGCAAAGACUUUAUUGCUAAUGCUGACUUGAUGUGGCGUCAGAGUGUCUGGAGUUCCUGUAUCUCUGCUGCCAUAGCAGCAAAGCAUUUGAAAGAGGGUGGAGUUGUAACACUUCCUGGUGCCAAAGCAGCUACUGCUGGAACUCCAGGUAUGAUUGGAUACGGAAUUGCUAAGGCUGCAAUCCAUCAGCUCACUCAAUCGUUAGCGGCACCAAAUAGUGGUCUUCCUGCUAAUUCAUUUGUCGCCUCAAUAUUGCCCAUUACACUGGACACUCCAAUGAACCGAAAGUGGAUGCCUGAUGCAGAUACGUCUAGCUGGACUUCUCUUGAAUAUAUCGCUGACCUAUUUCUGCGGUGGUCCAAAAAUGAAGGACGUCCAGCAUCAGGAAGUCUUGUUGGUUUAGUGACUAAAAAUGGUCAAACUGAAACUGUGAUUGUCUGAUCUCAGACUCCUGGUCGUUCCAUUAGUAUUCGAAGGAACCGACCAGCACCCUUCUUUGAAUGAUGGUGAUUUCAGCUCUCAUGUACUUAAUUAAUGCACAAUUUAUAACUGAUCUGAAAGCUCUGUAUAAUUGUCCAGAAAAAAAAAAAUGCUUGUAAAGUACCCAGCAUGGAUUUUUAGGAUGACAGGUCACUGUGUAGUUCCUAUUUUCCCUAGUUGCCUGUUUAUUUACACAUCACAUGGCUCUGAAGUGGAGAUAAAAGCUCUACCAAAACAUUUCAGCUGAAGUUUUGGAUGUGUAAAUUCAAUAGCUGAGUGGAUUUUUUUUUUUUUUUUUUUUUAAAUCUGUGUGUGUUAUGCUUAUUUUUUUUACAUUGUAGCUGCUCAAAGUAAUGUUAGAUUUAAAUUUAUUUACUGUUCUGUGUGUUUAAGUGAUGUCUUGAGUACCUGAAAGUUCAGUGGGAAGUAAAGCCAACUUUUUUUACUACGAGACUGGUGAAAUUUACCUAAGCAUGGCACAUUUUAAGCUUCAAUUGAAAUCAUUUCCCUAGAGAGUAAGACAACCUAAGGUCAUUGUAUGAAAAUUCAGAGCCUUUACAGGAUUUGAAACAUUUUGAAAAUAAAACGGUUGAAUGUGCUUUUUA